AUGGUGAAUCUGGAGCCCAUGCACACAGAUAUCAAGAUGAGUGGGGAUGUGGCAGAUUCCACGGAUGCUCGCAGUGCCCUCAGCCAGGUGGAGACAGGAAAUGAUCGAAAUGGCCUAGAUUUCAACAGGCAGAUCAAAACUGAGGACCUCAGUGACUCCCUGCAGCAGACCCUCUCGCAUCGGCCAUGCCACCUGAGUCAAGGACCUGCCAUGAUGCCUGGAAACCAAAUGUCCGGGGUAAAUGCCACCCCAUGCCAGGGAGCCCUGAUAGACGUGACCUCCCUCCAUCCGCUCCAGCAGCUCGUGCUGGUUCCCGGCCACCUACAGUCUGUAUCUCAGUUCCUGCUAUCUCAGACCCAAUCUGGGCAGCAAGGUCUGCAGCCAAAUCUUCUCCCCUUUCCACAGCAACAAAGCUCUCUCCUCCUCCCGCAGACUGGGCCAGGCCUGGCGUCCCAGGCAAUUGGGCGCCCUGGGCUGCCAGGAUCUUCUUUAGAACCUCAGCUGGAAGCGUCCCCACAUCUCCCAGUGCCCAAGCAUCUACCCAGCUCUGGAGGGGCUGACGAGCCCAGUGAUCUGGAAGAGCUGGAGAAGUUUGCCAAGACCUUCAAGCAGAGACGCAUUAAGCUGGGCUUCACACAGGGAGAUGUGGGGCUGGCGAUGGGAAAGCUUUACGGCAACGACUUCAGCCAGACCACCAUCUCGCGAUUCGAGGCCCUCAAUCUGAGUUUCAAGAACAUGUGCAAGCUCAAGCCGCUACUGGAGAAGUGGUUGCACGAUGCAGAAACGUCUCCAUCAGACCCCUCGAUGAACACCCCCAGCUCUUUCCCCACCCUCAAUGAAGUGUUUGGUAGGAAGAGGAAGAAACGGACCAGCAUCGAGACCAAUAUCCGCCUGACUCUGGAGAAGAGAUUUCAAGAUAACCCCAAACCCAGCUCCGAGGAGAUCUCCAUGAUUGCAGAGCAGCUGUCCAUGGAGAAGGAAGUGGUAAGAGUCUGGUUCUGCAACCGACGUCAGAAGGAGAAGCGAAUCAACUGCCCUGUGACCACACCCAUCAAAUCACCUGUCUACAACUCCCGCCUGGUCUCUCCCUCUGGGUCUCUGGGCCCCCUCUCUGUCCCUCCUGUCCACAGCACCAUGCCUGGAACAGUAACGUCAUCCUGUUCCCCAGGGAACAACAGCAGGUCUUCAUCGCCCGGCUCAGGACUCCAGGCCAACAGCCCCACUGCAUCUCAAAAUAACUCCAAAGCGGCAGUGAGCUCCUCCAGUUUUAACUCUUCGGGAUCUUGGUACCGAUGGAAUCAUCCCACCUACCUCCACUGAGGCCAAAAAGUUUCUCCGAA